CCGGCGUUUUCCUGUUGAGGAUCACUCUCCCCCAAAUGCCAUUAGAUUCGUUGGUAAACCAACCAACCCAUUUGAGUAAUCGAGGAAAUGGGAGGAGGUUCAGCUUUGAAAUCGCAGUCAUGGCAGAUGAUACUGGUGGCUCUGCUAUUGAUGGUUGGGUCCUUCUAUGCUGGAACUCUCUUUCGCCAAACUGCUCCCAACUACGUCUCUCAGCUUAGCUCCUACAAUUAUUCAUAUUCUGGUACUUCCACGUUUGCAAAUAAAGUUGAAUUAACUUAUAGAAGAACAUCACUUGUGAUACCAGAGACUGGUGUGGAUGUUUGUCCAUUGACAUUCAAUGAAUAUAUCCCUUGCCAUAAUGUUUCAUACAUACAAACUUUGCUCCCAAAUUUGGACACUAGUAGAAGAGAAGAACUAGAGAGACACUGUCCGCCACUAGAGAACCGCUUGUUUUGCUUGGUUCCACCACCCAAAGAUUAUAAGAUACCAAUAAGAUGGCCAACCAGCAGGGAUUAUGUGUGGCGAAGCAAUGUGAAUCAUACACAUCUUGCUGAAGUCAAAGGAGGACAGAAUUGGGUGCAUGAGAAGGAUCAACUCUGGUGGUUCCCCGGUGGUGGUACCCAUUUUAAACAUGGUGCACCUGAGUACAUUCAGAGAUUGGGAAAUAUGAUAACCAAUGAUACAGGUGAUCUACAUACUGCAGGGGUCGUUCAAGUUUUGGAUGUUGGUUGUGGGGUUUCCAGCUUUUCUGCUUUCCUUCUUCCCUUGGGUAUACAGACCAUGUCCUUUGCUCCCAAGGAUGGCCAUGAGAAUCAAAUUCAAUUUUCGCUGGAGCGAGGCAUUGGUGCAAUGAUCUCUGCAAUAGCAACAAAGCAAUUGCCAUAUCCUACUAGCUCUUUUGAGAUGGUUCAUUGUUCUAGGUGUCGUGUUGAUUGGCAUGAAAAUGAUGGUAUUCUUCUAAAAGAAGUGAAUCGCCUUCUGCGUUCUAAUGGGUACUUUGUCUAUUCAGCUCCACCUGCAUAUAGAAAGGAUAAAGACUUUCCAAUAAUUUGGGAGAAGUUAGUUAAUCUGACUUCAGCAAUGUGUUGGAAACUCAUUGCUAAAAGAGUUCAGACUGCUAUUUGGAUGAAGCAAGAAGAUCCGUCAUGCCUUCAGCGCAUUUCUGAACAGAAACUUAUAGAUAUAUGUGAUGCUGCUGAUAAUUUGAAGUCAUCCUGGAAUACAAAACUGGGAAAUUGUAUACAAGUAAGGGGCAUGCAAACAGAUGCUCCAAAACUCCCUUCUAGACCAGAGCGUCUUUCAAUAUACUCGGAGAGUCUUGAAAGAAUUGGUAUUAGUCAAGAGGAAUUUACUUCAGAGACUGUCUUUUGGCAAGAUCAAGUUCAGCAUUACUGGCGGCUGCUGAAUGUGAACAAAACAGAAAUCCGAAAUGUCAUGGACAUGAAUGCUUUUUGUGGUGGAUUUGCUGUGGCCUUAGAUUCAUCACCCAUGUGGGUGAUGAAUAUAGUUCCUGCGACCAUGAAGAAUACGUUGUCUGCCAUUUAUGACCGUGGUCUGAUUGGUGCUUUCCAUGAUUGGUGUGAACCAUUUUCUACUUAUCCACGCACAUAUGAUCUAUUGCAUGCCAACCACCUCUUUUCUCAUUAUAAGGAAUGUGGAGAAGGCUGUUUGUUGGAGGAUAUCCUUUUGGAAAUGGACAGGAUGAUAAGACCGCAGGGAUUUAUUAUCAUUAGAGAUGAGGAAGCUAUUACAUCAACGAUCCAGGAUCUUGCUCCAAAAUUUUUGUGGGAGGUUGAAUUGCAUUUGCUGGACAAUAUAAAGAAGAACAAAGAAACCGUGUUAAUUUGUAGGAAGAAGUUUUGGGCAAUUGUCUGAAAUGUACCAGCAGACAGCUUUGCCAAUAUAUUUUCCUGAAGAUGUAAAUUUCAUUUUGUUUUGGGUGGAAGGGAUGCUUAAAGCCUAGUAACAGCUGUACAAUUUAAUGUACCUUGAUACAUGUUCUGUCUAUGAAGUGAGCUUAUGGUCCCGAUAGUUUAGAUGAAUGUGGUCGUAGAGUGGUUUAUUCCCUGCUUCAUGUCCGUGUUCUGUGUAGUGUAACCCAAAGGCAUUCCCUUUCCCCUGUAAUGACUUGUAUGUUUCACAUUGUUACAAAUAUCUAUAAUAGGAGUUCAUUUAUUUUUAA